AUGAGCCUCCAGCUGCUCCUGCCUGACAACCACACAGCCCUCACCGGAGACCUCGAUGUGGUCUUCUCGCAGCAGGUUCUUGGCUACCCGAGGCGCCGUGAACUCACGCUGAAGUGCGAGCUGUUUGGGCUUGCGGGACACUAUGUGCUAACCCUGCGCUCCAAGCUCCCAACUUUACCGAAUAUCACGCAGCCCUUCCGUCCCUUUCAGGUGGCGGUGAGCGACAAGUUCGUCUUCAACGUCCACGCACGCAGCAUCUUGCCCUGCGUUCCUGGACGGCGGGGCCAGUAUCCGGCGUGCGAGCCGCGUGUGGAUCGCGUGCGCCUGUUUGCCAAGCUGAGGGCCGACGUGGCGUCCCUGGCGCCCCCGACGUCUCUGCACUACGUGGCCGAGCAGCGCGUUCCGCCCGGAGCCCACAGCCUGCGGUUCAACUGCGACUUGUUCUCGGAGCGCUACGUCGAGUAUUGCUUCGUGUACGUGAACCAGGCAGUGACGGGGGCUGUGACGGACGUGAGGAUGGACUGCGUGCCCACCCUGCCCGUACAAGACUCGGACACCGGUGGGUGGGGUGGAUGGAGCUCCUGGACGCACUGCACCUCCUCCUGUGGGGGUGGAACACGAAGCAGGUACCGGUUUUGCGAUUCGCCGCCCCCCAGGUACGGCGCCAGAUUCUGCGAGGGACCCGCCUUGGAGUCGGAGCGCUGUGGAAGUGGCUCUGAGUCCUGGGGCUGUCUCCUCUCAUCCUCUUCGUCUCUACCCGCCAGCCACCCGGGGGUCGUCGCCGAGGUGGGACCCGGGUGUCGCUGUGGUUGUGUCGUUCACCUGGGGGUCGCGAAGCCGAGGCGCCUGGUCGCCACGUCGACGGACAGCUGCCCCGGGAGAACCUUCUGGCUCAUCCAGGCGGAUGAGGGGUCUGUGAUCCGGCUAAACGUGGCGCACGUGCAGCUGCCAUGCGGAAGGCAGUGGCUCAAAGUUCGGGAUGGCGACUCCCUCGGAGCGACCUUGGUGGCUUAUCUGUCAGGUCGCAUGGCGUCUCACCCAUUCAUGUCCACUUCUAACUACAUGCUUCUCGAGUUUUUCUCAGAUGACGUUCCCUCUACCUGUCUCGGCAGCUUCCUCGCCCACGCUCAGCAGAUAGCUCCUCCACCCAGGAACACGACCGUGUCCUUAAACGAAAUGGCAGUCAUGACGGCAGACGGCCCCACGCUGUCCCUUGUGCACAUACUGGCCGCUGUGUUCGUGGCUGUUGUUCUUCUGGUGUCGGUGCUACUGGCUGCUCAGUCGCUGUUCCGCUACCAGAAGUACCAACUGGCCAUGUCACAGGAGAGCGAACUUGGCUCUGCUCCAUCGCGCUCCACUCUGCUAAGCGAGGUUAUCGGUCUGGGGAAGCUGCGGUCUGGCCGCGCUGCAUUCCACACCAGACUUCAUGAUGAGGAGGAAGAAGAAGAGGAUUCUGAGCUGGAAUAUGAAGUCAUAGGAGACAGUAGUACCACAACUCACCGCCAAGAGCAGCAGCCGGCAGCAGAUCAGGCGUCAGACGCGGCAUCACCGGCCGCCUCGCCGCCCUGCACCCCCAAAGCAUCCCCUGCCCCCCUGCGCCGAUCCACCACCUUCAUCCCUGACAAGGCUGACCAGGAGAUACCACCCCAGAACCACAGUGUGCUGAGAAAGGAGGGGGGAAGUCCAACAGAGAAGCCUCACCCUAGGUCAAAACAGUGGCAUCUCAAUUCCUCACUUAGUACUAUCCCUAGCAGUGCUGUUUCAAGCAGCAGUGUUGCCACCCUAAACAAUGGGUGGAGCUCACCGAACACCCGACAAAAAAACAGUGCAAAGGAGCGCAAGGAGCAGUGCAACUUGGAGCGGUUGCUGGCUGGCGGGUGUUCUGAGCUGAGCCUGGCCGCAGCAGACACAGACCUCGAGCUGGACUACUAUGACUACAACGUCAGCAACGCAGGGGCCGUGCCCGGCUCCUUCCUGGGCAUGGACCCACAGUACCUCAUCUGGAUCCCACCUUUUGCACCAGGUCAAUGGGAGGAAGAUGGCGAGGUGCUUGAGAUGGCUGCCAGGUCACAGCAUCAGUCGGCUAGUGACAGCGAUGACCUCACAGAGUUUAUACCCAAAGCACAGAAUGGACAACCGUCUGUCAGGUCACAGCACCAACUAACAAGUGGCAUGGAAGAUAUUACAGAAUUUAUCCCUUUGACAAGUAGACGGCAGGACAUUGAGAGUAAGGAGAUGGUACGGAAUAACCAAUGUUUUAUAAAGGAUAGUAACUUGACCACCAGGUGGCAGAAUGGUCUGGGAGAGAAGGAGACACGAGUGGAGAAAUCUCUGGAAGAAGAUGACAUUAAAUUUGCAGAUGAUGAAGAUGAAGAAGAGGACGGGAAACUGGUAGGAGGCAUUGUUAUCAUGGCCAAUAACAAACAGCAGCACAGUGUAAAGCACAUGUAAUGCCAGUAACAACACCUUAGAUAACCAGAGAAAAAUAUCAGCAGCUUAGACAGAAACCAGCAAUAAACAUGUAUCAGAGAAUUGCAAAGUAGAAUGUAUUUAUGAAACAAAAUUUAAAUGUUACAGAGCUCAGUCAAGACUAUUUAUAAAACAGGAAAUUAUUUAAAAUUCUAAGGUAUAUACUGAUUUUUUUUUGUAUAAUAACAUUCUGGGGUAAAAUAUUAUAAACAUGAUAGUGGAUGAAAUUUUAAACAAUUACAGACCUUAAAAUGCCUACGAUGAAACUGAAAAUAUUCCAACCAACCUUUACAAAUAUCUGUCGUCUCACACGACAUCCUUGUAAACCUUUAUAUAUAUGAAGCCUGUUCAUUGGUUUGUAAUCAGAAAUUUGAGUGUUUCAUAAAAAUCAGUACAAAUCUUUCUGCUACAUUAGAGUAGUGGUGAUGAACAGAGUUUGUUUUCUGAGCUCUGAGGUUCCAAAUGCAUUGAAAUGACGACUGUGGUCUCCUGGUUUGUGAUUCUUUAUAGUCUUGUGGCUGAUUACCAACAUUCUGGAGGAACAUACCACCCCAGCUCUGAAGAUGAGGGUGAUACAUUCCUCCAUAUUGAUAUCUUCAUACAAAACCACACAGCAUUAUAAUCCAGAAGACCAACAUCACAGUGAUAACCUCAAAUCUUAUAAACUAAUUAUGCAUGAUUAUUGGUGAUAAAAUUUCUGUGCUCAAAAAUUACUUUGAUGAAAUUACAGUUUAAAAUCAGGCUGUAGUUUUAAUUAAAUGUUAAGAAGUUUUAAAGCUGAAUUAUUUAAUAAGAGAGGUUAUUAUGUUUGUAAAACAAGAUGAAAGAGAUAUGGAAGAUGUCGGAAAUAUCUUCAAAAUCAUUAAUCAAUUACAAAGUAUAUUCGCAACUUUUUAAAACACAUCUGGCACAGUUUGACAGCAUUUUGGAAUUGUUGAAUUGCCAUGAAACAUGGCCAGUAUAUUGUAUGUUAAUAUAAGUGUAAAAUCACAUACAUUUAAAUUGACUCAGUACUGAGAUAAGACACAAAAGGAAAAUGGCUCUUGAAGUAGGAAAUAUCACUCAGGACUUAUAAUGAAAAUAGUUGCAGUUGAUGAAUCUUUAGAUAUAAGUUAUCAAUCGUGUAAAAGUUCUUUCACAUUGCUAGAGUGUGAGAUAAAAGCACAAACUUUUCACCCUUUCAACAUCUGUAAAACAUUUAAGAAUAUGGUUUGUAGCUGAAAGAAAACACAACACAUAAUCAUUACAAAGAAAAGGCAGUUAAUGUUGUGUAGGGCAACAAUCUCCGAUAUUUAUGGUGUUCAGGCUUUCAUUUGUUUCAGUUGCUGAAGAAAUUCACACUGGAACCCAUCUUAAUUCUAUACCUAUUCAAUUCAUUUUAAUAUUAUUAUUCUGUCCACACUUAGUUCUCCAAGUAGUAUAUUUUAUUGAGAUUUCCAAACAAUAUUCUCUAUUGAUUUCUUGUUUCACUCAUGUGUGCUUCAUUAUCCUGGCCCCCUCCCAUCUAAUUAAAACUGUAUCAAGACAGUACCUAGUUUAAUCUAAAUCAUACAGACUGUGACAUUAAUAAAGACGCUUUUUGAGAAAUAUGGACCACAUUUAUAAAUAAAUGAGGUCAGUUUUGCUUCUGAUUUUUCAGCUGACAAAUGAGUUGUUGAAGGGCAACAUGCUGUCAUUGUGUUUUUGUCUCAUUGCAACACUUUGUCUUGUGAAGGAAACCACUUCACGAAACUUUACCUCAGUUGAGAUGAAGUUUGUAGUGCAAUAUAAAAUGUACAUUUCAGGAUAUCAGGGAUGAAGCAUAUCAGAUACGAAAUGAGCCAGCACUUGUAUCUGUCACCUGACUGUAUAGUGUAGUACAACUGUUGUUGAAGGGGACAUGAGGACUGCAUAUCGCCAGACACUGCGAUCAGAUGCAUUACCUUGUCUUAUUAGUGAAACUUUCCAUGUAAAUGAUGGUACUGAGCUAGUUUUAAUUAAACAUCCUAAAGAGAGGGGGUGGGGGAACCCAGUCAUCCACCACAAAUUCUCAGUUCUCUAAAUUAUCUUUGUUCAGAAAAUAUCAUGCCAAACUAGAUGUUAGAUUGUAAGCAUAAAUUUAUUAUUGAUGAAAUGUUUUUAAUAUGAAAUGGAAAUGGCUGUUCAUAUAAAUUCACAUCUCCAUAGAAUAUCAGAAUUUUCUUUCGGGAAUCUGUGCGCGAUACCCUGGUUCAGGGAAAAAAAGCAGUGUCAGUGUACAGCCGCAUCACGCACGUUCCCAUACUCGCAGUGCACUUUAUAAGAGAUCUGUCAGACUGGCUCAUAUAAAUUGAAAUAUUUCCCUUCAGUCUGUGUGGCAAGUGGAGUGAUAACAGCUUUCCAAGAAGGUGCAACCAAGCAUAGACAAAUAUUCCAACACAUGCUGUGACCCAUGAAUAAUAAUUUUUCAGUCCUUACGAGAGUCACUUAGUCCUAUAUACUAAAUUUUCCUUCAUACAAAUGCUGCAGCAGUUGCUUAGAAUAUGCUGCGACUUCUCCUGUUCAACGUUUUGAAACUGUGUCGUUAAAUAAACUGAAUAAUUAAAUCAGCGAGUGAAUCGUGGAGUGACACUGUCGCAGUGUACGUGCCAUAUGCAGCCAAGUGCCCCCUGGUGUUGCACUUCUGUAUGAUAUUGUACCAUAACCUAGUAUGGAAAAAUGUGACCAUAUCAGCGAGUUUGUAGUUUGUUCAUUGCAAUAUAAAGCACAUAUACAUGUCAUAUUUUA